UGCCACUCCUAAGGUUUAUUUAAUAUAAUUCAGGUGGGGCUUCUCGCUCCCUGGUGAUGACUUAAAGAAAAACUAAGACACUCGGAGAUGUACCACCAGCCUCUUCAGCCUCUAGGAACUACGAUCUCCAGUUAGGCAUCUCCAACUUCUAAGUAGACACUCCAAUGGAAACUAUUAGCAAUAUCUUUCACAAUGACCCUCUCCCACCUCUAGGAGCAAGAGCAAACCAAUCUAUCAAGCUGAGGAAAUUCAUCAUCUCACCAUAUGAUAGCCGUUACAGGACCUGGGAGACGUUCUUGCUCGUGCUUGUUGUUUAUUCAGCAUGGAUCUGCCCCUUUGAACUAGCAUAUCUAAGGAAUCUCUCCUGGAAGAUUUUUCUGGUCGACAAUAUUGUUGACAGCUUCUUUGCAAUGGAUAUUAUUCUCACAUUUUUCCUAGCGUAUCUGGAUCGGAAGUCUUACAUUCUAGUGGAUGAUCCAAAAAGGAUAGCUGCUAGAUAUCUCUCUUCCUGGUUCCUAUUUGACGUCUGUUCAACAAUUCCAUAUCAAUUGCUUGGGAGAAUAUUUAAAAAGCAUGAAAAUGGUCUUGCUUAUAGGCUACUUAGCAUGCUUCGACUAUGGCGUCUCCGGCGCCUCAGUGAAUUAUUUGCCAGGCUCGAAAAAGAUAUCCGAUUGAAUUACUACUGGAUAAGGUGCACAAAACUAAUUUCUGUUACACUUUUUGCAGUACAUUGUUCAGGAUGCUUCAAUUACUUAAUAGCUGAUAGAUACCCGGAUCCAGCAAGAACAUGGAUUGGAGCAGCAAUACCAAACUACAGAUCAGAAAGUCUGUGGAUUCGAUAUGUUACGGCAAUUUAUUGGUCCAUAACAACACUCACAACAACUGGUUAUGGGGAUUUGCAUGCAGAGAAUCCAAGAGAGAUGUUAUUUAGCAUAUGUUACAUGCUAUUUAACCUGGGAUUGACAGCAUACCUCAUAGGUAACAUGACAAAUCUGGUCGUCCAAGGAAGUUGCCGGACCAGGAAUUUUAGGGACACAAUCCAUGCCGCCUCUCAAUUUGCUGCAAGAAAUCAGUUACCUGAACACAUUAAGGAUGAGAUGCUAUCUCAUAUCUGCCUAAGAUACAAAACAGAAGGGCUGAAACAGAAGGAAACAUUGGAUAGUCUCCCCAAGGGAAUCCGUUCGAGCAUAGCGGUCAACUUAUUCUUACCUGUUAUAAAAAAAGUCUAUCUUUUCCAUGGUGUUUCAUUUACUUGCAUGCUCCAACUGGUAACUGAAAUGGAAGCAGAGUACUACCCACCAAGAGAAGCUGUCAUACUCCAAAAUGAAGCACCAAGAGAUAUUUACAUAUUAGUUUCAGGAGCGGUGGAAGAACGGAUGGAAAUUGAUGGAACAGAAAAGGUCCAGGAAGUACUGUGCGGUGGUGAAAUCUUUGGAGAAAUUGGAGGUCUCUGCAGCAUUCCCCAGCCAUGUACCUUCCAUACAAUUAAAGUUUCACAACUAUUAAGGCUGAAUACAACAGUGCUAAAAACCAUAUUCAAGGGAAACAGUGAUGACAGACGAGUUAUACUGAACAAUCUUUGCCAGAAGAUGAAUCAGGAUCACAGGUUCUCUACCGAGGUGAAGGAAAAAUCUUUGCAGAUGCUACAUCAACACUUUGGAGAGUACAGUAGAUGUUCUUCAUUCAAUCAAGACAAUGAGAAGAAUGAAUUAAAAGCUAACAAUGGUCAUUCUAUGGCUUUAGAAUGGAAAAGAGUAACAAUACAUAUGUAUUCACAGAGGAACAAAAGAGCAGAGGCACCUCGUGCGAAAGUUAUAAAUCUACCAGGAUCUCUUGAUGAACUUUUCACCACAGCUUGGGAUGUGUUACCUAAUACAGACAAUCCCUCGUACCAGUUCAAGUCAUAAUUAAUCCCAGACACAAGUAUGAGGGACUGUCUGUACAAGUAAUCCGAGAUGGUGACCAUCUGUUUUUUGUGGAACUUUGAAUAAGGAUGCUUGAAAUCAGCAAACGAUGCAAAGAACUGCAGAUGAGGUAUGUAGUACGAGUAUAUACAUAACCUACCUUUGAGAAGGUGCUAGAUUAAGAUACCAGUGAUCACUAAUCAGCCAUGAGGCAACUUGGUAUAAUAAUCAAAAAAAUUCCACCUUAGGGUCUUGGGAUGGUUCGAGUUGCAGUAGUGUAGUUACAUAUAAUUUUAUUUUAGAAUAUUAUAGAUUUUUGAAGCGAUGUAGUGUCUAUUCCUGUUGACCAAAUGUUGGAUCAUGGCAGAGGGCAGCCCUCUGUGGUCUGUGAAGUUUGUAAUUAUAGUGUAAUGAAGAUGCUACAUUUUCUUGGAACAGAUAUUAGAGUCACUUAAGUCUUUCUCCCAGGAUCUUUUUUUUUUUGUCAAAAAUGAUGAUGUAAACAUGACAUGAGCGUGCAUUUUAGAAAAGUUGCCA